UCAGUAACAUGCAAACAGCUCUUAAAAAUUAAAAAAGAAGCAAACAUAUAUUUAAAAAAUCGGCGUAAAGAACUGUUUCUUUGUACUAAGAACGCGUUUUAGCUAACUUUAUAUCUUUUUUUACAACGGCGGAAGACGACCUCAUCUGGAGGAUAACCUAGGAAACUGUUUAGGAACCGUAGAGAAAUUGCAAAUCAGACCUCAUCCAGAGGACAAGAAACCGUUAAAGAAUCGGGAACGAAGUACAUAUGUGAGUUCCCAUAUUGUUCAAUGAUCAACCAAAGAAUCAAGCCCAGCAUAUGAUAUUGCUCCGGUUUCAUUGAAAGAUUUUAUUCUUUUCGAUUAGAACUUCACCGUUUUAGGGUCAUAUAUUAGAAAAACAACCGCUUUUUAGACAUGUGACAAAAGUUCCCGCCACCUUGGAUUACUUUCGUGAAACAUUUUGUAGGUUUGAACUCAGCAACCCCUCCUUAAAGGUCAUCUAAUAAUAUAAUGUCAAUCGUUUUAUUCAAAAGGAUGCCACUCAAGACACUGCUUUGCUAAAGCUUAUCGUACAAACCGCCAUAUCACCAGUUGUUAUAUUGAUAAUAUUCGUACUGGGACUGUUGCAUGGCGCACUAUUCUAUAUCUCUUUUCUAUCACUGAACCAUUUGAAGAAUUCUACGUAUUAACUUGUUAACUUUAAGCUACGCUGGAAAUUUGGAGCUUCCAGUAGAAUAACAGACCACAUAUAAGACAUGAACUCCGAUCAAUCCGAUUCGGACGAUUCGAAAACGCUGACAAACGGGCACCAUGUCCCAGAUUAUGAAGACAGGGGAAAGAAGAUUAGAUAUGUUUACCAGAGCUCUGAUGAUGGAUCGGAUGGAGAUCAGUCGACCAGAAUGCCGGCCGAUGUGAGUGAGCGGCCCUCCGGCGAAUCGGAGAGGUUCUCAACAACCGAGUCUACUCCGCCCGACGAGGAUCCGGAUCCGGUGACCAUCGGUGAUAUCCUGCACAAUCGCUAUCAUGCUAUAAAGAAACUGGGCUGGGGUCACUUCUCCACCGUCUGGCUGUGCUUCGACUGCUCCGCGGAGCGCUACUGUGCCGUCAAGGUGGUCAAGUCGGCGGAACACUUCACGGAAACCGCUCGCGACGAGAUUCGUCUACUGUGCGCCGUGGACGAGUACGAAGACCAUCCGCUGAGGAAGCGUAUCGUCGAGUUCAUCGAUCAUUUCUACAUGACCGAACCGCAUGGCACCCACCUCUGCCUGGUGUUCGAAGUGCUUGGUGAUAAUCUAUUCAGCCUCAUCCAGAAGUCCCGCUUCCGUGGACUGCCCAUGAAAAAUGUGAAGCAGAUAGCCAAGCAGGUCCUCGAGGGUCUGUACUUUCUGCACAACAAGUGCCGCAUAAUCCACACAGAUUUGAAGCCGGAGAACGUGCUCGUUGUGAACAGCGAUGCGGCCGUACGGGGACAGGUUAACCAGACCAUCAAUAGUUUUCUGAAGGCCCAAUCUAAGCUUAGGAGAUCUGGACAUGGCUCUGCACGCGGCAGCCUGAGUGACCGGCAGAGGGAUCGCUCUUACAAUCUCGACUGCACCAAGCUGACCAAGACGGCCAAGAGGAAGCAGCGGGCGCGGGUCAAGAGGCUGAUUACCUUCUUCCAUGGCCAUCGCCGUUGGCUCCGCCGCGAGGCCAUCGAUGAUCUUCUGUCCCUGGCCAAUCGCGACCAACUUUCGCGUGGCACCGCCGCCAAGGGUGUCACUGGCAAGCUGACCUUCAUGCCCUUUAACUUCGACGGGCUGCAGAUCCUCAACAAAUACCAGGUGGAGCAGAUAGAGAAUUUCCCCAUCGUUGAACGGGUGGGCGAUAUGCCGGCGGAACCCCCUAACCGCGAGCCCAAUGGUGGUCCCAAUGGCGUUCCCAAUGUCGAGAGGCGUUCCCGCGCUCGCCGCAGAGGAGACAGACAGCAAGAUAGCGAUAGUGAUGUGGUCGUCAGUUCCGACGCGGAGCCGGAGGAAAGCGUUGACCCCGUGGGACUUCUGAUCCACAGCCCGAAGAAUUUUAUGCGCUACGCUCUAAAGAAGGUCAUGGCUUCGGAUCGAGAAGCACAGUCUCCCCAUCAUCAGCCUCGUAGGCGCAGCGCCAGGCGGGGUUCAACUUGCCGCCGCAGCCGAAGGAAAAAAACAGGAUCGGUAGUUCCGAAUCCGGCUAAGAACGAUGCCUACAUGAAGCGGAAAAGGGAGGCCAAUUUGUUGGCUUACCUACAGGGCAAGGACCCGGCCACCGAGUUCUGUGAGGUGAAUGUGAAGAUCGCUGACAUGGGCAAUGGCUGUUGGUUCCAUCACCACUUCACCGACGACAUACAGACCAGAGAGUACCGGGCCGUGGAGGUGAUCCUUGGGGCGGGCUACAACGAGACCGCGGACAUCUGGAGUGCCGCCUGCGUGUUCUGGGAACUGGUCACCGGCGAUUAUCUGUUUACGCCCAAGGGGAAUCGCGGGCGGGCCAGCCAGGAUGAGGCCCACAUUGCGGCCAUUAUCGAGACUUGUGGACCCAUUCCGCGAAGCGUGGUCGAGAGUGGCGAGUACUCGUCGGAGAUCUUCAAGUCGAAUGGCCAGCUUCGCCACAUCACCCACUUGAAGACCCGCAAACUGACCAGUAUCCUGGUGAACCUCUACGGCUGGCCGCGCCACGAGGCCCGUCACUUUGUCUCCUUCCUGAGACCCAUGUUGGAUACGGAUCCGCACCGUCGCAUUACUGCCCGCGAUGCCCUGAACCACUGCUGGUUGUCCCUGGGAGGCUGCGAUUGCUGCAAGGAAAAUCCGAAGCCACGUAGGGCCCGUGGCCAGGAGCGCAUGGGUUCCAGCGAGGAGAACCCGCGUCCUGGUACACCAGAUCCAAGGUCGAGCAACGACAAUCCAAAUGAACUCCAGGUCCUUUACUAGGCCUUUCAAAAAACUCACAGAACAAACGGCCAAUUUCGUUUAUUUUACAAAUUAUUAUCAUAUGCACAUUUCAAAAUCAAAAAGGGUGCGCCUCUAGUAGCAUAAAAAAAUUAUAAUU